UUUCAGGAUGAGUCUGUUUUAAUAUGGAUCUCGGGGAAAGAGGAGAAACACCUUAAACUGAGCCAUGUCUCUAGAAUUAUAUCUGGGCAACGCACUCCAAUAUUUCAAAGGUAUCCACGGCCAGAGAAGGAGUAUCAAUCAUUCUCUCUGAUCUAUAAUGAUAGAUCACUUGACUUGAUUUGCAAAGAUAAAGAUGAAGCUGAGGUAUGGUUUAGUGGUUUAAAAGCCUUGAUAUCCCGCAGUCACCAUAGGAAAUGGAGAACAGAGUCAAGGAGUGAUGGAAUCCCAUCCGAGGCAAAUAGUCCUCGAACAUGCACAAGGAGGAGUUCUCCGUUGCAUUCUCCGUUUGGUAGUAAUGAUAGCUUACAGAAGGAUGGUUCAGAUCACCUUCGCCUUCAUAGUCCAUAUGAAAGUCCUCCAAAAAAUGGUCUGGAUAAGGCACUAUCAGAUGUGAUACUAUAUGCUGUUCCCCCAAAGGGUUUCUUUCCCUCAGAUUCUGCCAGUGCUUCUGUCCAUUCUCUAUCAUCCGGAGGCUCAGAUAGUGUGCAUGGUCACGUGAAGGCGAUGCCAGUGGACGCUUUUAGAGUGAGUUUGUCAAGUGCCGUUAGUUCAUUAAGCCAAGGUUCUGGGCAUGAUGAUGGUGAUGCCUUGGGAGAUGUGUUCAUUUGGGGGGAGGGCAUGGGAGAUGGUGUUCUGGGUAGUGGACCACAUAGAGUUGGAAGUUGUUUCAGUGGAAAAAUAGAUUCUUUGUUGCCUAAGCGCUUAGAAUCUGCUGUAGUGCUUGAUGUACAAAAUGUCGCAUGUGGUGGACGACAUGCAGCUUUAGUAACAAAGCAAGGAGAGAUUUUCUCGUGGGGGGAGGAAUCUGGAGGAAGGCUUGGCCAUGGUGUAGAUUCUGACGUAUUGCAACCAAAACUUAUUGAUGCGUUAAGUACUACAAACAUUGAGUUUGUAGCUUGUGGUGAGUACCAUACAUGUGCAGUGACCCUUUCUGGGGAGCUGUACACGUGGGGUGAUGGUACUUACAAUUUUGGUCUUCUUGGACAUGGAAAUGAAGUGAGCCACUGGAUGCCAAAAAGAGUUAAUGGUCCCUUGGAAGGCAUACAUGUCUCGUAUAUCUCUUGUGGACCCUGGCACACUGCUGUUGUAACUUCUGCUGGACAAUUAUUUACAUUUGGUGAUGGAACAUUUGGUGUUUUGGGCCAUGGAGAUAGGACAAGUGUCUCUAUGCCCAGGGAAGUAGAAUCUCUGAAGGGGCUCCGUACCGUACGGGCAGCUUGUGGUGUUUGGCAUACUGCUGCAGUUGUAGAGGUCAUGGUUGGGAACUCAAGUUCUAGCAACUGUUCUUCAGGAAAGCUGUUUACUUGGGGAGAUGGUGAUAAAGGCCGACUUGGACAUGGUGAGAAGGAAGCAAGGCUUGUGCCAACCUGUGUUGCUGCUCUUGUUGAGCCAAACUUUUGUCAAGUUGCCUGUGGACAUAGUCUAACGGUUGCACUUACAACCUCGGGCCAUGUCUAUACAAUGGGCAGUCCAGUUUAUGGUCAGUUGGGAAAUCCUCAAGCUGAUGGAAAACUUCCAACCCGUGUUGAAGGAAAACACUCCAAGAGGUUCGUGGAGGAAAUAGCUUGUGGUGCCUAUCAUGUUGCAGUUUUGACGUCAAAAACUGAAGUUUACACGUGGGGAAAGGGAGCAAAUGGUCGGUUAGGUCAUGGGGACAUAGACGAUCGAAACUCGCCAACCUUAGUUGAAGCUUUGAAAGACAAACAAGUUAAAAGCAUUGCUUGUGGUACAAAUUUUACUGCAGCUAUUUGCCUUCAUAAGUGGGUAUCAGAGAUAGAUCAAUCUAUGUGUUCUGGUUGCCGCCUACCAUUUAAUUUCAAAAGGAAACGCCACAACUGUUAUAAUUGUGGAUUUGUUUUCUGUCAUUCAUGCAGCAGUAAGAAGUCCCUUAAGGCUUCUAUGGCACCAAACCCCAACAAGCCCUACCGUGUUUGUGAUAAUUGUUUUAACAAACUGAGAAAAGCUAUUGAAACUGACUCAUCAUCCCAUUCCGUGAGCAGAAGAGGAAGUAUCAAUCAGGGGUCAAAUGAGUUUAUUGAUAAAGAGGAAAAGUUGGAUUCCAGAUCUCGAGCACAACUUGCAAGGUUUUCUUCCAUGGAAUCCUUGAAGCAAGUGGAAACCCGCUCUUCGAAGAAAAACAAGAAACUUGAAUUUAAUAGCAGUAGAGUCUCUCCCGUUCCAAAUGGAGGUUCACAGUGGGGAGCCAUUAAAUCUUUCAAUCCCGGUUUUGGAUCUUCCAAGAAGUUUUUUUCAGCUUCUGUUCCCGGAUCUAGAAUUGUUUCCCGAGCAACAUCUCCAAUUUCCAGGCGGCCCAGCCCACCACGUGCUACAACACCAACUCCAACUCUUGAAGGACUUACAUCACCAAAAAUUGGUGUAGAUAAUACCAAGAGGACAAAUGAUAGCCUAAGCCAGGAAGUUAUCAAGUUAAGAGCACAGGUUGAAAAUCUUACACGUCAGGCACAACUUCAAGAAGUUGAGCUGGAAAGAACAACUAAACAACUGAAGGAAGCAUUAGCAAUUGCUGGGGAAGAGACUGCAAAGUGCAAGGCAGCAAAGGAAGUGAUCAAAUCACUUACUGCCCAAUUAAAAGACAUGGCUGAAAGGCUUCCUGUUGGGGCUGCCCGGAAUGUUAAAUCACCUUCUCUUGCGUCCUUGGGUUCUGAUCUUGUUGGCAGUGAUGUUUCUAAUCCUUCAGUUGAUCGAUUGAAUAGUCAAAUAUUAUCCCAAGAACCAGACUCAAAUGGGUCACACAGCCAAUUGCAUUCUAAUGGGUCCACUACCACCGCCAACCGCAGUUCAAGUCACAAUAAACAAGGCCAUUCAGAUGUAACAACUAGAAAUGGGACCCGAACAAAAGAUAUUGACUCUCGUAACGACACUGAAUGGGUUGAGCAAGACGAACCGGGUGUUUAUAUUACACUUACGUCCCUACCAGGAGGCGCCAAGGACCUCAAGCGCGUUCGCUUCAGUCGAAAACGAUUCAGCGAAAAGCAAGCAGAGCAGUGGUGGGCGGAGAAUCGAGCAAGAGUUUAUGAGCAGUACAAUGUUCGUAUGAUAGACAAGUCUAGUGUGGGUAUUGGAAGUGAGGAUUUGGCUCACUGAUCUGUUGAGACAAUUAUAUGUAAAUGAAUGGUAUUUUCUAGAUUCCGAGUAACAGUGAAGUCAUACCAGUUAAUUAGAGUUGGCUUCCAUCCUUCAAAAGGGCUGAGGGAAGCAAAGGGUUGGAUAUAGGAAGGAGAAAUAGAGGGGUUUGAUUGUGUUUUCUCUCUUUUUAUCCAAUUUGUCUUUGAUUUUUUCCCCUUACUGAUAUUGUAUUCCAUUUUUUUUCCCUAUUUGCCUUGUGUGGGGGAUUUGAGGGUCAGAAAUGUAAAUUCCUAGUAGGUUGCUGGCUCUUUUGAAAGCAGCUGCUAUGUAAAUCCCAUAAAGUGAAUGCAUCUGCAUUUUUUCUUU